AUGGAUUCCGUGGAUGUGCCAACAACACUUCUGUGUGAUCAACAACAAGAAACCGCAGAUAAAAGCGAGAUCAAAUGUGAGAUAAAAUUUGAAAUUAAAUGUGAGAAAUUCGAAUCGACAGCACCGAAUACGUCCACUGAAACUGCGGAGAAUGGCUGUGAUAUGGCUCACGAUGACUCGUCGGAUAGUGGUUCGGGUAUUCAUGAUGAAACGGCACAGAAUUCGACAGCAGCUAUUGAUACUCUGGUGAUAUCAGAUGAAAAGAAUAUGCCACAACUAGAAGCGCUGCUAAAUCAAGUGUCUGCAUGCCAAAAAAAUAACAACAACGACGGUUCCUUCAUCAAAACUGGUUGCAAUCUCAAUGAUAACAACGAGUCAAUGAAUGGAGCCAGUUACGAUGGCACCCUGCAGUAUUCGAACACACUCCUGAAUGAUACUCUGAUGAAUCCGGUCAUUGCUCAAGCCACAUCAGCCAAACAGAAGUUCCCGAACGGACAAUCAAAAAUGAAACGUGAAUGGCGUGUUGUCGGUUGGUUCACUUCUGAGGCAACAAUGAAUGAGGUACGAAAACGUGAAAAGGUCUCGAAACGCAAGAGUGUGGCGCAAAUCAACGGCACAAAAGUUUUCUAUCGUUGUAAUAAUUGGCGUCGGACGAAUUGUAAUUUCCGCAUGUACGCACUCUAUCAUGCACCUGAUCAGAUCACGUUGUAUGCAAGUGGCGAUCACGAUCAUACCACUAAAAAUCCACAUUAUGUGCCAAGAAGUUAUAAUGGGAAUGCGACAUGCAAUGCGGUCACACCGUCAUCUUCGUCUGCUGCUCAGGCACUUUCGAGUCCGGCUCAAAAGCGGAAACAACCACGUCCACAGCAAGAGCAACAAUACCAAUCAGCACUCAAUAAUUUAUUUAUGAACAAUAAAUCAAGUCUUUUGUCGUUACCGUUCAGUCGAGCUUCAUCCCAAGCACAAACUUCACUUGGAACGGUGAGUUUUCCGAUCGAAUGA